AUGAUUUGGACGAUUCCGAUUGUUGUUUUCCUAGUCACUAAUCUAUGGGGACUAUAUGGUGGAAUUCCUUAUACAGCAAUCCACCCAUCUCGCUCAGCUUUGGAUCGAACCAUUGGGUCUUUCCAAGUUGCUAGUACCGUACUCACCAUUGGAGAGACAGCCGACUUCAUGUUGAACAAAUCAGUCGGAGUGCAUCCCACAGCACCAUUGUUCUCAAGCUACGCCGAUCCUAAGCCGAACCCCAGCUCAAUCGGCGGUCUAUACCAUUGGCUCAAGUCCUUUUGGUUGAAUCAACCAUACACAACGCUUCAUGGAGGUUCCAAAUCACACCUUCCUCAAUAUAUGACCACCUGGAUCGUUACAGCUAUCGGCAUACUAUCCGCUAUUCUCCUCAAACAGACUAUAACCAUUUCCGAUGUGAAUCGAGAUCAGCAGCGCUCUCAGUCACGCAUGGAUAGCCACUCCCAAGACUUGAAUGAUAUCAAAGGCGGUCUCGUUUCAAUCUCCAAUGAUGCACGAGAGGAGCUCCAACAUAUUUAUCACGGCAUAAGUAAUCUCAACUCCAUGUCCGGGGAUCUUGUGCAAGUUUCUCAGGAUUUCAAUCUAAGCGUCCAAGCCCAAUUCACCAACUUGUCUGGAAAUCUGGAACGGGUUAUGGAGAAUGAAUUGAAUCAAAUUGUCGGUCGUCUGGAUACAAUUCAAUUUGGACUCGAGAACCAUGAUAGUACAUCAUAUCGGACCCCGGAUGAUGAUGUCGAGCCCCAGCAGGACACUUCCGACUCGGAGCCACAGAAUGCUGAUAUGCAGGAUUCAAGCCCCGAGAAACAGAGCUCAGAGCACCCGGAGUCUAAUUUAUUGGGGUUGGAUUAA